GUAAAGCCCGAUUUCCAACUCAAGCAGUUCCGCGCGUGCUUCCAGAAGUCCCCAUGUGGUCAGUCCCGUGAGGUCAGCUUCCUGGCCGGGGCGCCUCUGGGCUCCUGGCACGCACCUCCCGGACCGCUGCCCUGCUUCUCUGGUCCAGCAGCAAGCUUGACGCAUUUCCUUGCUGGGGUAUGAAUGAGCUCAGCUUCAAACACCGAAUUUUCCAGAUGCAAGCCCAGCAGAUGCCCCGUCAAGGUUCCCCUGGUGCCAGGGUCCCUCCAGGCCCAGGAUCCAGGGGACAGCGCUGGUGGGGAGCCAGCGGGGUGCCCAUGCAGGAAGCUGCCACGCGUGGUGAGGUGGGCAUGGGAGACCGCGCCCGGCUGACCCGAGACUCCGUUUUCUUCCAGACUGAGGGGGAAGGUGGUGGGGCCUCGCCACCGGCCCCCCAGAGGAUGCAGUUCUUCGGCCGCCUGGUCAACACCCUCAGCAGCGUCACCAACUUGUUUGUGAACCCGUUCCGGGUGAAGGAGGUGACCAUUGAGGACUACCACUCGCGCCGCCGGGUCCGAGAGGAAGGGCAACUGAUUCUGUUCCAGAACUCUUCCAACCGCACAUGGGACUGCAUCCUGGUCAACCCCAGGAACCCCCAGAGCGGAUUCCGACUCUUCCAGCUGGAGAUAGAGGCUGAUGCCCUGGUGAACUUCCAGCAGUAUUCUUCCCAGUUGCCACCCUUCUACGAGAGCUCCACCCACAUCCUGCAAGCUGAGGUCCUACAGCAGCUGACCGACCUCAUCCGCAGCCACCCCAGCUGGUCGGUGGCCCACCUGGCGGUGGAGUUGGGCAUCCGAGAGUGCUUCCAUCACAGCCGCAUCAUCAGCUGCGCAAAUAACAAGGAGAAUGAGGAGGGCUGCACGCCCCUGCACCUGGCCUGCCGCAAGGGCGACACCGAGGUCCUGGCGGAGCUUGUGCAGCACUGCCGCGCCAACAUGGACGUCACCGACAACAGCGGAGAGACCGCGUUCCACUACGCGGUCCAGAGUGACAAUUCCCAGGUGCUGCAGCUCCUAGGGAAGAACGCGUCCGGCGGCCUGAACCAGGUGAACAACCAGGGGCUGACCCCACUGCACCUGGCCUGCCAGCUGGGGAAGCAGGAGAUGGUCCGCGUGCUGCUGCUGUGUAAUGCUCGCUGCAACAUCAUGGGACCCGGCGGCUACCCCAUCCACACGGCCAUGAAGUUCUCCCAGAAGGGGUGUGCUGAAAUGAUUGUCAGCAUGGACAGCAGCCAGAUUCACAGCAAAGACCCCCGCUAUGGAGCCAGCCCCCUCCACUGGGCCAAGAACGCAGAGAUGGCCCGCCUGCUGCUGAAACGGGGUUGCGACGUGAACGGCACCAGCUCCGCGGGGAACACCGCCCUGCACGUGGCUGUCAUGCGCAACCGCUUCGACUGUGUCAUGGUGCUGCUGACCCACGGGGCCAACGCCGACGCCCGAGGCGAGCACGGCAACACCCCGCUGCACUUGGCCAUGUCGAAAGACAACAUAGAGAUGAUCAAGGCCCUCAUUGUGUUUGGAGCAGAGGUGGACACCCCAAAUGACUUUGGAGAAACCCCUGCAUUCAUAGCCUCCAGGAUCAGCAAACUCGUCACCAGGAAGGCGCUCCUCACUCUGCUGAGAACUGUGGGGGCCGACUACCGCUUCCCACUCACGCAAGGGUUUUCAACGGAGCAGUGCUCCGCGGCAGCUCCCUCCUUCUCCAUGGAAAGAUCUCAUCCCCCACCGAUCAGCUUAAACAACCUAGAACUGCAGGACAUCACUCAGAUCUCCCGGGCCCGGAAGCCAGCCUUCAUCCUGAGCUCCAUGAGGGAUGAGAAGCGGACCCACGACCACCUGCUCUGCCUGGACGGAGGGGGCGUGAAAGGCCUCGUCAUCAUCCAGCUGCUUAUUGCCAUCGAGAAGGCCUCGGGCAUCGCCACCAAGGAUCUCUUCGACUGGGUGGCGGGGACCAGCACCGGGGGCAUCCUGGCCCUGGCCAUCCUGCACAGCAAGUCCAUGGCCUACAUGCGUGGUGUGUACUUUCGCAUGAAGGAUGAAGUUUUCCGGGGCUCUCGGCCCUACGAGUCGGGGCCCCUGGAGGAGUUCCUGAAGCGGGAGUUUGGAGAGCACACCAAGAUGACGGACGUCAAGAAGCCCAAGGUGAUGCUCACAGGGACGCUGUCCGACCGGCAGCCAGCUGAACUGCAUCUCUUCCGGAAUUAUGAGGCUCCAGAGUGUGUUCGGGAGCCUCGAUUCAGCCAGAACACUAACCUCAAGCCUCCAACGCAUCCCUCAGAGCAGCUGGUGUGGCGGGCAGCCCGAAGCAGUGGGGCAGCCCCCACCUACUUCCGGCCCAAUGGGCGCUUCCUGGAUGGCGGGCUGCUGGCCAACAACCCCACGCUGGACGCCAUGACCGAGAUCCAUGAGUACAACCAGGACUUGAUCCGCAAGGGUCAGGACAGCAAGGUGAAGAAGCUGUCCGUUGUCGUCUCCUUGGGGACAGGGAGGUCCCCGCAGGUGCCUGUGACCUGUGUGGACGUCUUCCGACCCAGCAACCCCUGGGAACUGGCCAAGACUGUGUUUGGGGCCAAGGAACUGGGCAGGAUGGUGGUGGACUGUUGCACGGAUCCGGAUGGGCGGGCCGUGGACCGGGCCCAGGCCUGGUGCGAGAUGGUCGGCAUCCAGUACUUCAGUGGCCAUCGGAGGGUACCAACCCCCAGCACUCCCAGCCCUGCCAACGCCUCCUGCUCAGUGCCUGGGCACGCCCGCUCCAUGGCCCCCGAGAUGGACCAGUUCUACAGAUCCACCAUGGCCAUCUACAAGAGCAUCCUGGAGCAGUUCAACCCGGCCCUGGAGAACCUGGUGUACCUGGGGAACAACUACCUCCGGGCCUUCCACGCUCUGUCCGAGGCGGCCGAGGUGUACUUCAACGCCAUCCAGAAGAUUGGGGAGCAGGCCCUGCAGAGUUCCACCUCGCAGAUUCUGGGUGAGAUCUUGGUGCAGAUGUCCGACACUCAGCGGCACUUGAACUCUGACCUGGAGGUGGUGGUGCAGACAUUCCAUGGAGACCUCCUGCAGCACAUGGAGAAGAACACCAAGCUGGACAUGCAGUUCAUCAAAGACAGCCGCCAGCACUACGAGAUGGAGUACCGCCACCGAGCCGCCAACCUAGAGAAGAGCAUGUCCCAGCUGUGGCAGAUGGAGCGCAAGAGGGACAAGAACGCACGGGAGAUGAAGGAGAGUGUGAACCGGCUGCAUGCGCAGAUGCAGGCCUUCGUGUCUGAGAGUCAGCGGGCCGCUGAACUGGAGGAGAAGCGGCGCUACCGCUUCCUGGCCGAGAAACACCUGCUGCUUUCCAACACCUUCCUGCAGUUUUUUGGCCGGGCCCGGGGGAUGCUCCAGAACCGCGUGCUGCUGUGGAAGGAGCAGUCGGAGGCCAGCCGCAGCCCAUCGCGCGCCCACUCCCCGGGCCUGCUGGGCCCCGUACUGGGGCCACCCUACCCCUCGGGCCGCCUGACGCCCACCCGCCUGGACAUGCAGCCCCAGAGGGCCCUGGGAGAGUUCAGCUCCCCCCGCAGCCGGCACGGCUCCGGCUCCUACGGCCCCGAGCCCGCCGAGGCGAGGUCCGCGUCCCAGCUGGAGCCAGACCACCGCCGGUCCCUGCCCCGGACGCCCUCCGCCUCCUCGCUCUACAGCAGCAGCACCCAGCGCUCGCGCUCCAACUCCUUCGGCGAGCGCCCGGGCGGUGGGGGCGGCGGCGGCGCCCGGAGAGUCCGCGCCCUGGUCUCGCACUCGGAGGGCGCCAACCACACGCUGCUGCGCUUCUCGGCCGGAGACGUCGUGGAGGUGCUGGUACCCGAAGCCCAGAACGGCUGGCUCUAUGGCAAGCUGGAGGGCUCAUCCUCGAGCGGCUGGUUCCCUGAGGCCUAUGUGAAGCCUUUGGAAGAGCUGCCUGUGAAUCCCAUGAACCCCUUGAACCCGGUGACCUCCAUGAACCCCAGGAGCCCUGUGAAUGAGCUGCCUUCCAGGUCCUACCCGCUCCGGGGUAGCCACAGCCUUGAUGACCUCCUGGACCGACCGGGCAACUCCACAGCAUCUUCGGACCACUGGGAUGGCCAGUCCCGCUCCCGAACCCCAAGCCGCGUCCCGAGCCGCACCCCCAGCCCCGCACCUACACCCUUGCCCAGCAGCCGCCGAAGUAGCAUGGGCAGCAUGGGGGUGGCCAGUGACGUCAAGAAACUUGCGUCCUGGGAGCAGCAACCCCCAGAGCUCUUCCCUCGCUGCGUCCCACCGUCACCAAUGACCGGUCGGCACCCCUCAUCCGCUGAGGCGCCUUCCUCCACCUGGAGUCUGAGGUCGUCCCUGCCACCCACACCUGCCCAGCUGCCUAGAGCUGGCGGCAACGGAAGCAGCAGCAGUGGAUCCAAGGAGCCAGGGCCUUGGUACCGGGGGGUGACCGCCCCUCCCCAAACCACACCCCAGCCUGAGCAGUUCCAAGGGCAUUGGCCUAGGGUCUGGGCCCUUCAAACGAAAGCAGGCGGAAUUAGGGGACAGAACCAUUUCUUCCCCUCCAGGGACUCCGGACUCUCCCUGGGGGCCUACCUUGUGCCCCCUCAAACUCUUCCCCCUUCUCUGUCCCAGUGGGGAGAAGCCCUUUGCACACCCCCUCUCCCACCCCGCAUAGCUCCCUGUUUAACUUUUGUAAAUGGUGAGAAAUAAAGCAAGUGCAACACAUCA